ACAGCUGACUGGUAUGCGUGCCGCCGCGAGAUAACGCGCGUCGCCGUCGUCCGCGCCGUCAGCUGCGAGUGCCGUCGUGCUGCUCUGCACUCUGCUUGGCGUCCGACGCUGCGCCGCACCGCCUCGAGUCGUAGUCGUCGUCGCUGUUGCUGUUUUUCCUGUCGUCGUUUCGCGGCCGUGGAAAUGACGGCUUCACCGCCGCCGGUGCAGCAGCAGCGGACCGUCACCGUCGCUACUGCAACUGCGGCUUUUCGACUGUCGCUGGUGAUGUUGCUGCUGCUGGACGUCGGCACCGCGUCCGCGUCCAUAUGCAAAUCCGGACUGUGCACCCGCGAACAGUACUGCUGCGGCGACGGCAAGUGCUGUGACAACGUGUACAGCCUCUGGUACUUAUGCGGAGGCGUAGCUGUUAUGCUCUUCGUCGUCGGUUCAUUCUGUCCGGUCAUCAGACAGUGCUGUUGUUUCCGGACCCCGGUGAUCGUCAAGUAUGUCCCGGUGCCCACGUCACCGACUAAAUUCAAAUAUUCUGAUCGUGAAAAAUGCACCAGAGUGGACGUGACGCUGCCCAUGCCGCCUCGAGCCACCACGUUGGACGUCACGAACUGCAUAUAAUGCACAGCACUACUAAACACAGUACCUACACACAUUGACGACAUUGUAAUAUAAUAAUAAUACUAUUGUUAUUCACAUUAACUGCGGUGUACAUGACGUAUAGGUCAUGUGGAUCGUCGUUUUUUUCCCAUGACAACCACCGCCAUCAGGACAAGACAUUUUAGGGCGUAUUAUCGCGUGUAUCGGGAUUGAACUUUGACAAUAUAAUAUAAUUAUUAAUAUCAAUAUAUUGCCCUCCUAUGUAAUAGGUAUGUAAUAUGUAAAUAUAGCGUAGAAUUUAGAACGUGUCUAUUAUCGAAGUCCUGAAUGAAAAAUAGUGACCAUAUCGAACAUUUGUCUUACUGUUCUGAAUAGUAUUACUCAUGGCUGACGCAGAUCAUUAUUAUAGACCUACAAUAUACAUCUAUAAAUACCUACAUAAACCCUAUAUGUAUGGACCUACCCUAAAAUUAGGUAUACCUAAAUCGGCUAAAUCAGUCAAUAUCUCUGUAUGCAGGUACAUAAUAUGAAUUAUGACACCGUCGUGUCUUACAGUGGCAUUUUCAAAUGCUGCAGUGAACUUGUUUUCUUAUCAUUUAUAUUGAUUUAAUAUAAUAAUAUGAUCUUUGAACUUUUAACAUUGAAUAAUAUACUGAGUAGUGCAUUAAAAUGUCGAUGAUUGUCCUCUGCUGUCCCAAUCGCUUGUGAAGUAUAUGAUAUGAUAUAUAGGUAAUAUUUAUUACUUUUAUUGCUUUUAACUAUUCAAGUAUUAAUACUGAAACAGGAACCUAUAACUACAUUGGUUCAAUAAUUGAAUUCACGCGCAUCGAAGUUCAUACAAGCAAUAAUAAAAGAAGAACCCUUUUCAAAUCAUUGAUAAAAAAAAAAUAGUAAAAAUUAUACUAAAACAUGAAAAAUUAUGAUUAAUGUGCAUUACAAGUUUAAAAAAAAACACUAGAUACGGAAUAGAUAGGUAUACUUACAUACUUACACGUUAUAACGAAUAAAAACAUUCAAAGUUUUAUUCAAUUUCGACAGUCAAAAUACUGUGUUAAUAGUCACAAUUCAAGAGCAGGCGUAAAAAAAUAGUCGCAGUAUAAAUGUGUAUAUAAUUGAAGGGUUGACUGAAUAAUGUUGUUAUGACGUGACAUUUCCCAUAAUCUUUUUUUUUCAAACUUUUCACACCUUUAUCCAUGUUACGUGGCGACACGCAUCACGCAUUCAUCACGCCUAAUGAUAUCGCCUUUAUCAGCGAAUGCAUCCCUGAAAAUUAUGAUUCAAAUGACUUAAUGCUGUAUUAGAUACUGUGACAUGCACCGACAAUGCCACCCGAUUAUUCACACAACUAUAACAGAAACAAUAACCCUUCAGUUUUACGUUUUUUUUUUUUCAAUUCAAUUACGGCAAUCUGUAUAGAUCAUUACACGAGCUGCAUAGUAUAUAGUAUAAUGAUACGUGCGUGACAAGAUAUAUAUAUUGUCACAUAAUGUGAGAACAAAAUAUGGAUCGCACCACUUUAAUAAUAAAUAAAUAAAUAACACUAUAUUAGGUAUAUCUCCGUCCGACUGUUUAACUACGACACUACGUAUAUUGUCGUGUAACUACAAACACAAACACACACACAACGUUAAGUCUUGUAAGUCGCAUCAUGUAAUAAUGUUAUAUACUAUGUGUAGGUACAGAGUGAUUCAUCAAGCAUCCUCGCCAUAAUUUUUUAACUUACUAUGAUAAUUUAUUCAAAUUUAUUCUGAUUUUUAGUAUAUAGAUACCUACCCACUUAAGGACCCACCAUAUUUUCAAUUGUAUAGAUUAUUAUCCUAUAAGUAUUUUUAUCCCAUUUGAGAGCGUUUCCAACAUAUUGUUUUCAAAGUUCAAACGAGAAUCACCCUUAUUCCUGCGAAAUGUUAAGCACUCUUUUGAAAAUGCCGAUGUAUCUAAAUCAAUAUUCGACCGGGUAGUUUUUUAGUUAUUUAACUUUGUGUAUCUACUAAUGAUUUUAGGUCCAUAAUAAUAAGAUAUGAGGGUUUUUAAAUUUUUUUUUAUUUGACAAAUAGGAAGUCUGUACUCAUUGUUUUAUACUAUAAAAACCACAAUAAUUGAAAAUAAUAUGCUUCUUGAAUAUAUACUUAAAAAUUCCAAAAAAAAAACAAAAUUUGAAUACAUUUAGUAUUAGGUAUUAAAGAAAAAAUGGAGAUGAUCGUGCUCGGUGAAUCACUUUGUGUGUACAUCAGUAUAUUAUUAUUACUGUUUAGCGAGUUUGACGUUUGGCAUAGGCAGGUAUGUAUUAUAGGUACCUCGUACUUUCUAAUUUCUACUCACCUAUUACCCGGAAAUAUUAUCGUAGAUAGCGUUUUAGUAUAGGUUAUACCUAUCUAUAUGAAAUGACGACAUUCGAUACGACAGCAGGCGGCAAUAUAUCGAUUGUUAACAUAUUAUAUGCUAUAUAUAGGUACAUAUUAUAAUAUGUAGCGGGUCAGUCACGAACAUUUGAAAAUAGGUAUUAUACCUAAAUUAAUAUUGCAUAACAAUGCGAUACUUACGAUGAGUUUCGUUCGAUUUCCUAUAGUACAUAUAUAGACAUUUUCAAAGAGGCCGUUAGUAUUACUGAAACUAGGGUCAAUUUUCUGAGGAGAGGGGGGCUAUAUAUAGGUAUAUAGUUAAAACAAAUAAUUAAUGCAUGCAGUUUGAUAAUAAUCUGUAGGUUUAUUUUAUAAAAAAAAUUCACAUCAAGCCUUUAAAACUGUAAAAAAAAAGUUUGAGGAGGCGAACGAUUUCUGGUUUUAGAUCUUAUCUAUUGAUAUAUUUAUUUAUAUAUUAUAUAAUAUGAACCUAAAUACUUGAAUUUUGCUCCGUAUAACUAAAAAGGUUUACAAGUGCGUUUACAUCACCAACAAUUUGUCAAUUUUCGGUGUGUUUUUUUGAAAACAACUAUAAUAAUUAUUAACAAUUUAGUGUUAACAUUUGUAUCAAUCAUUUUUUUUUAUAAUAUGGCCUUCUCUGUGAAAAUAAUACGAUUUUUUUAAUUGAAUUAAUAUAUUAUACAAUCAUUUUAACAUAGUUAGCGGGAUAGACUAGGGACUAGGGAGUAAUAGAGGUCUCUCCCACAUGGCCAUAUAAUUAACUGAACAUUUAAAUGCCAUGGUUAUUUUUCUCAAAUUCUUUGUGUCAAAAUACCAAUGUCAUUCAAACACAUAUGCGUUCGUGUUUGAGUUUGACAUGUUAAGAAUAAAGUAGGAAUUUAAUUAUCAUUUAAGGGUUAUGUUAAAUUACAUAAAUAAGUAUAAGAAAAGUAUCAGUAUUAAAAGUUAAAACAUAUGGCUGAAUUAAUUCGUGAAAGAUAUAUUUUUUAAUGUAAUUGUAAGACUUAAUUAAUGGUUUAUAUAAAUCAUAUAAUAUAAUAACUGUUACCUAUGUAUACUAGUUUAAGAGUGCAAAUAAACGUUUUAUUUGCCAAAAAUAAAAUGUUGUUGACUAUUAUGUAUUCUGUUUGUCGGUAUUUAAUAAAAAAUUAUUACUUA